ACAAACAUUACCAAAAGGAAAGGAAUGAUGUUAUAUAUGUAUAGAUUACUUUGUCAAAGCAUGAUCUUGACUUUUUAACGUACCUCAAUUCCUGGAUUUGGGCAUCUUCAUAACUUCCGUUCUAGGGUUUGCAGAGCCUAACAAACAAAGAUCCUGCAAUGGAAUCAGAUACAAAACAUGACCACACAAUGAUGAUUGAACAAAACAUUCCACCGCUUAACAUGCAAAUUGACCCGUCGAGAGCUCGUUUUCCAUGCUGCAUUGUAUGGACCCCACUUCCUGUUGUUUCAUGGCUCCUUCCUUUUGUCGGUCAUAUUGGUAUAGCCCGAGAGGACGGAGUUAUCCUUGACUUUGCAGGACCAAAUUUCGUGUGUGUUGAUAACUUCACUUUUGGAUCCGUGGCUCGUUACGUCCAAAUAAACAAAGAAAAGUUCUCCAUGAACAAAAAUGAAGAAGAAUACAAUCUUGUAGAAUCCGGAAGAAACCAAAACCAGAACCAGAACCAGAACUUAAGCACGUGGGAUUCUGCGUUGAGAAAGAGUACACAAGAAUAUCAACACCGAACGUAUAACAUUUUGACUUGCAAUUGUCACUCGUUUGUGGCUAAUAAUCUGAACCGGAUGGAGUUUGAGGGGGGUGGUUGGAACGUGGUUAAUAUCGCAGCAUUGAUUCUGCUGAAAGGACGAUGGGUAAGAACGGCAUCCAUGAUUCAAGCUUAUGCCCCGUUUGUGAUCAUAUUGUUUGCGGGAAUCACUUUUGGAGGUGUUCAUUUUCUUACUUUUUUGGCAUUCUUUGCAUUUGUUCUUGUUGGAUGGUUUCUUUUGGGUACGUAUUGUUUCAAAUUUAUAAAGCUGUGAGUAACGUUUUCGUUCAAGCCUCGAUUUGACAUUGACCCAAUUUGACUUUGACCGUAUUCAAGAUUCAAGAAUCAAGACUGUUGUUUAUAUGAUAAUUUGGUUUGCCAGGGUUGUUUUGAUCUUGAUUUUGUUCAAAUAUAUUAUGGGGAAAAGAAUUGUUUCAAA